GGACAUUUUGGGCCCGCGUGCUGUGUGUGGUGGCGGGCGGGGGGUAGGGCAAAGCAAAGCAGGCUGAGGGGAAAAUAAUAAAGGUCGCGGUCAAAAUUAUAUAUAAUUUUUUUUUUAAAUACAUAUAUAUCACGUUGCCAUAUCGUUGUUCGGUCGGUGUAAACAUUAGCCCGUGAAUCGUUUCGGGGUGGCGGCGGCGGCGGGGGGUGGUGGUGGUCGGUGUCUGAGGAAGGAGGCGAAGGGAAGGAAUCAGGAGGGAGUUUGAAGUCGAUUGUCUUGUGCGGCUUGGGAUCGGCCGAAGGCUGCUCCCUCCCGUCCCCCAACACACCCAGAACCCAUUGCUUCUCGGCAUCAUCGCGAGGCGGCGGCGUGGUGGGGGGGCAGUAGCCCCAGGCCCACGCAGUUGAGGCGAGAGGAGAGGGGGGGCCUCGCGUGUAAGGAUGGCAAUGGAGGAGGAGAGACGCAAGCUGAGGGAAAUCAUCAACCACUGGAACGAAAACAGACUCGACCUGUUCGAGAUCAGUCUGCCCAACGAGGACCUGGAGUUCCACGGCGUGAUGCGCUUCUACUUCCAAGACAAGAUGUCGGGCAACUUCGCCACCAAGUGCAUCCGCGUGUCCAGCACGGCCACCACGUCGGACGUGGUGGAGACGCUGAGUGAGAAGUUUCGCCCGGACAUCCGCAUGCUGACGGCGCCACGGUACUCCCUCUACGAGGUUCACUCAAGCGGAGAGGAGCGGCGCCUGGGGGAGCACGAGAAGCCGCUCGUUGUGCAGCUCAACUGGAACAAGGACGACCGCGAGGGGCGCUUUGUGCUCAAGAACGAGAACGACAUCGCUCCCGUCAAGAAGGUGGACCGCAACGGUGCCGGCAAGGCGGAGAAGGAGGGCGUGAUGCAGAACUUCAAGCGCACGCUGUCCAAGAAAGAGCGCAAGGAGAAGAAGAGGCGGGAGAGGGAGGCGUCGCGUUGCGAGGAGGACGAGGAGAACGCCCCCGACGUUGGCGCAGCCCCGCAGGCGGACAGUGCGGGCGUGGCGGAGGAGGUCUACAAGGAGAUGCCCGAGACGAGCUUCACGCGCACCAUCUCCAACCCGGAGGUUGUCAUGAAGAGGCGGCGCCAGCAAAAGCUGGAGCGCCGCCUGCAGGAGUUCCACGGGGACGACGGGCGGCCCCGCUCCGGCGGGAUGCUGCGGGUGUUUGCCGACAGCCUCAGGCCGACAAUCCCCUACAAGACGCUGCUCGUGUCUCUGUCGGACCCCGCCGAGUUUGUGGUGCGCGAGGUGCUGGAUAAGUACGGCCUGGAGCGGGAAGACCCCGCCAACUACUGCCUGGCCAGGCUGGUGCUGCCGCCCGAUAGCGACAUGAUGGAGGAGGCGGUGCGACGUGAGGGCCUGGAAACGGCGCUCGACGACCAGGACUGCCCCCUCAACAUCCUGGUGGAGUGGCCUGCGGAGGACGGCGUGCUGGUCUUCCAGCUGCGCAAGAAGGAGGACGUGGCGGCGCGGCGGAAGAAGCAGCAGCAGCAGCAGCACAAGGCGGUGGGCAAGGGUGCCGGGGAGGGGCAGGAGGAGCGCCGGCGCGGCGGCGGCGGCGACGCAGCCCCCGGGGCCGACGCCGGCUCUGGGCACGACGCGUACGGAGCGGCACCGCCACCCGACAGGCUCCCCUACCUCGUGGAGCUCAGCCCAGGCGGUCGCCACAGCCACCGCUCUUACAGGACUCCAGACGGCUCGGACUCGCGGGACAAGCCCAAGAUGUACCGGCUGCAGCUCAACGUGACGGAGGUGGGGAGCGACACGUCGUCGCCGCAGUUCAUCCAGCUGUUUGGCGCCGGCAUCCAGCCGCAGCACUGCGUGGUCACCAACAUGGAGGGCGUGGUGACGGUGACGCCGAGCAGCGUGGAGGCCGACACCUUCGUGCAGGGACGCCGCAUCUCGGAGACCACCAUGUUGCGCAGCGGCAGCACCCUGCGCUUCGGCCGCGCCAGCGUCUUCAAGUUCGUGGACCCCGGGCACGAGCCGCCCGGGGUCUCCUCCGCCGGCGGUGUCCGCCGGGCGGCCGAGGGGGAGACGGAGCCGGCGCGCGCCGCCGCUGUGGGUGGUGGCUCCGUGCCCGUGCCCCACGAGACAACGUUUGAGCUCGACGGAGACGUCCACAGCAACUCGGACGCUCACGCCAAGCGUCAGGCUGAUGGGAGGUCUGUGAUGCGACCGGACAGAGUGGAAUUUACCAAGUCAGAGUUACGCGGACACGAAAAGCCGUCUCAAAUCAUUGAUCUGCCGGCCACGCUGGAGCUGAGAGAAGGAGCGGAGGAGGCCUUCCUGGCGGGCGUGGUGAACUACACCAACAGCACCACGGCGCACUUCAAGCUCUCGCCCACCUACGCGCUCUACCUGGCGGCACGCCGCACCCUCGGCAGCCCCAACGCCGCCGGCGAGGACGAGCGUCUCCGGCGCACCGUGGCGCUCGUCAACCGCACGGUCGCCAUGAUGGAGGCCGUCAUCCAGGACCUGAAGCACCGCGAGCAGGAGCAGAGCGGCAUGGCGAGCGCGCUCGCGUUCUGGAUGGCCAACGCCUCAGAGCUGCUCAACUUCCUGAAGCAGGACGUCGAGCUGGGCCGCGUCACCGCCGAGGGCCAGGACGUGCUGGCCAGCGGCGUGCACACGGCCUUCCGGCACCUGGUUCACUGCCUGCAGUCGGAUCUCAACAAGUGCAUGCCGGCCUUCCUGGAGGAUCCGGAGGAGCCCAGCGCCCAGGGCCCCAAGAUCGACGACGUGCUGCAGACGCUGAGCGGCGCCAUGUCGCUGCUGCGCCGGUGCCGCGUGAACGCGGCGCUCACCAUCCAGCUCUUCUCGCAGCUCUUCCACUUCGUCAACAUGUGGCUCUUCAACGAGCUGGCGCGGGGCGCGGCAGCUCGCCAGCCCCUCUGCUCCUACUACUGGGGGGUGGCGCUGCACGAGCGCCUGCACGCCGUCGAGGGCUGGGCCGAGCGCCAGGGCCUCGAGCUCGCCGCCGACUGCCACCUCAGCAGGAUCAUGCAGGCCACGACCCUGCUCACGAUGGACAAGUACGCGCCCAAGGACGUGCCGGAGAUCAGCAGCACCUGCUUCAAGCUCAACUCGCUGCAGCUGCGCGCGCUGCUCGAGGGAUACCAGGGCGCCACGGGGGAGCCCAGCAUCCCUCGCGAACUGAUCGACAGCGUGGUUGCCGUGGCCACCAGCACUGCUGACGAGCUGGCGCACAGCGAUUUGCGCGAGGUGCGUCUGGAGGAGGACCCGGAUCUGCAGCUGCCCUUCCUGCUCCCCGAGGACGGCUACUCGUGCGACAUCGUCAAGGGAGUGCCGCACGGACUCGCCGAGUUCCUCGCUCCGCUCUGCCAGAGAGGUUUGUGUCGUCUGGUGCCCCUUCCACGCUCCCCGGGAGUGUGGACCGUGUUCUUUGAGGGUCACGACAACGACAGUGGCCCCCUCCCUCCCGCUGACACGGGCUCGCUGCACCACCAGGUGCCCAAGGUGCUCACUGUCACGCUCAAGAAGCAGCACGGCCUGGGCCUCAGCAUCGUCGCCGCCAAGGGUGCCGGUUUGGACAAGCUGGGAAUCUACAUCAAGUCGGUGGUCAAAGGCGGCGCUGCUGACCAGGACGGGCGAUUGGCAGCUGGGGAUCAGCUGCUCAGCGUUGAUGGGAACAGCCUGGUCGGCCUUUCUCAAGAGAGGGCGGCCGAGCUGAUGACACGCACCGGCUCGGUGGUGACGCUGGAGAUCGCCAAGCAGGGAGCCAUCUACCACGGCCUGGCCACCCUGCUCAACGAGCCCUCGCCCACCACACAGCACAGAGGAUCUGACCAUCGCACCGGUGGCAAGGCUAGGCCCAAGAGCGAGGGGCUGGAGUUGUACCGCGGCUCGGCGCGUCCCGACAGUCCAGAAGAGCCGGCGGAGACCCACACCGACGCCCAGCAGCUGCAGGAACAGCAGGGCGCAGCCACUCACGGCGACGAUCGGCUCGUGAAGAACCGCGCAGACCACCGCUCUACCCCCAACGUCGCGCACUCGCCCGACAGCGGCAGUCUCCGCCCCGUGUACCCCGGCGCCCCGGCCUGCAGGGUCCAGUCGGUGUCGACUGGCAACCUCAAAGCAGAGGAGAGUCCAUCUCCGCCGUCGCUCGAGGCCUACCCGGUGCCCACAGCCACUUACGCCCGCGAGUACAGCACGCUGCCACCCCCGCCCGCGGACAGCUCCCCCGCCUGGGCGGCCUCCAGCAUGCAGAGAGCGGCGCACUCCGAGGAGGAGCUUCGGCGAGACCGCCCCUACCGUGCGGGGGCGCCUUUGCCGCCGCACCACCACGGGCCGCAGCAAGCGCGGCGCCAGCAGCCGCCCUCCUCGCUCCUCUCCUCCUCCGCCUCCUCGUCCAGCCACGAGCAGCUGGCGCCGCCGGCCCGCGCGCCGCAGUACGGCAUCGCCGUGGGCGGCGCCGCCUCCGCCAAGACGGGGCCGGGCCGCUGGAAGACGCCCGUCGUCGUCGGCGCGCCGCCGGCAAAGCACGGCGGCGGCGGCGGCCAGCAGGGAGGCCUCCCGCCGCCGCCCCCGCCGACGCGGUACCCGCCGGGGUACGGCCCCGAGUCGCGCGACCUCCCGCCGCCGCCGCCGCCUCCGCCGCCGGCGUCCGCCCUGCACGGGAUGGGCGGGAUGGGCGGCGGCGGCGGCGGCGGCGGCGGCGGCACGUCCUCGUCGCUGUCGUCGCUUUCGUCGCCGUCGCUGCCGUCGCCCGGCUACGGCGGCGACGCGGGGCCCGACGCGGAGCGCAAGCGCGAGGAGCAGCUGCGCUGGUACGAGGCGGAGAAGGCUCGGCUGGAGGAGGAGCGCGAGCGCCAGCGGCGCAGGAAAGCGGCGGGGGCCGCCGCUCCCGGCGGCGGCGGCGCCGGGAGCGGCGGCGGCGGCGCAAGCACGGGGGCGGCGGUGAGGCCACACGAAAGGCCGGCGCUGCCGCCGCAGGGAGAGACGAUCAUCAGGGAGCUGCGCCCCCAGUCGCAGCCGCGCACCAUCGAGCGCCACGACCUGCACUUCCUCGUGCCCCCCCCCGCGGGCACCGGCGAGGAGGAGGGCGCGAGCGGCUCGCCGCAGCUGUCGCCGUCGCCGUGGGCGCGCGACGCCCGCGAGCGCCAGGAGAAGCAGCGGCAGCAGCAGCAGCUGGAGAUGCUCGAGCGGGAGAUAGCGGCGCUGCAGUCGCGCCCGCAGCACCAGCUGCUGCCCGAGGAGAGCGACCGGCUGCGCAAGCUGCUGCUGGAGCGCGAGUUCCAGCGGCGCGUGCAGGAGGUGUCGCUGCGCCGGCGCGGGGACGACGACGACGACGACGACGACGACUACGAAGAGAGGGACGACGGAGACGGAGACGGAGGAGGCACUGGGGUCGGGGCGCCGGCGGCCGGGCAGAAGCAGACGGAAAAGCCUCUGCCGUGGCAGCACCAGCAGACAGGAGACUUCCACCACCACCAGCAGCAGCAGCAGCAGCAAAGGCAUGAGGAGGAGACGCGUGUGCUGCAGGCCUUCCCGACUCUCUCGGUCUUGCACUUGCUACAGGACGAGGAGCGCCGGAAGCAUCAGCAGCAGGCGGAGGAGCGCGCGCGGCAGCAGAGGGAAGCGGAGGAGCGGUUACGCCUUCAGCGGGAAGCGGAGGAGCGAGCCCGGCAACAGAGGGAAGCGGAGGAGCGGGCGAGGCAGCAGCGGGAAGCGGAGGAGCGAGCUCGACAGAGGGAAGCGGAGGAGCGGGCGAGGCAGCAGCGGGAAGCGGAGGAGCGAGCUCGACAGAGGGAAGCGGAGGAGCGUGCGAGGCAGCAGCGGGAAGCGGAGGAGCGGGCGCGGCAGCAGCGGGAAGCGGAGGAGCGGGCGCGGCAGCAGCGGGAAGCGGAGGAGCGGACGCGCAAAGUGGAUGAGCAGCGGCGCCGCGAAGACGACUACUACGCUCACCUGGAGUCGGAGCGGCGGCGCGCGCUGGACGAGGAGGAGCGCCGCCUACUGGGUCCCGGCGGCAACAACAACAACAACGACAACGACGGCGACGGCGACGGCGACGACGGGGCAUCCACGGCGGCCGCCGCAUCUCCGCCGGCGCCGUCCCAGCAGAGUAAGCCUCGCGGCGGAGGCGGGUCGGGCGGCGGCGGCGGCGGCGACUUGCACAGAGCCAUGCUGGUGCGGUGCGGUGACGGCGACGAGGUGGAGGAGGAGGACUCUGCGAAGACGAGAGACGCUCGCGCUAACCCCGCGGCGACGGCGGCGGCGACCGCCCCCCUGCGCUGGCAGCAGCAGCCAGGCGGCGGCGGCGGCGGCGGCGGCGCCGUGACGGCGCGCCGACCGCCGCUUGCCCGGCCGCAGCGCCCGCUGUCGGACGGCUUUGCGCUGUCGUCGGCCGCGGGGGGGGCGGCCGGCGGCCUGGGCAGGCGGGCGCCGUCGGUGGCGGCUUCCAGCAGCAUGGCCGACCUGGCGCGCGUGGGCGGCGGCGGCGGCGGCGGCGGCGGCGCUGUCGGCGCCGCGGCGGCCCAGCAGCACCGCGGCGCGCCGUCCUCGCUGCUGCUCACCUAUGCUUCGCCUGGAAACUCGCAAGGCAUGAACACUUACCGGCCCGGUGGGACGCCCGGCGUCAUCGGCUCCCAGGAGGUUUACCGUGACCCCCGCGAGCGCCGCACCAGCCAGAGCAAACCAGAGGCGGGCGAGCGCCCGAGCCCGAUGCCCGAGAAGCUGCCGUUCCGCGAGCGCCAGCGCCUCUUCUCGCAGGGCCAGGACGUCGCCAACAAGAUCAAGACGUCGCGCAAGCUCAUGGAGCUCGAGCAGGAGCUGGGGAAUAAAUAAAGUGGGCGGUGCGGCGUGGCCCAGUCUGCCGCUCGCUCGGUCACUCGGUCGGUCGGUCAAUCAAUCGGUCGGUCAGUCGGUCAAUCAAUCGGUCAGUCAAACAAUCAGUCGGUCGGUCAAUCAAUCGGUCGAUCGGUCAGUCGAUAGCCCGCGUGCCCGCUCGCUGGCCCCUCUGUGUCUCUCUUUGCCUGUCUGCGUCUCGGCCUCUCGCUCGGUCCGUCUGGCCCGCUGGCCGACGGAGAAAAGUGCAACAAACGAUCUUAUCCGGUGGGGGGGAGGGGGGGGGUCUCUCCACGCUCCCUCCUCGAUGAGGCGACACCACCGCCGACGACGACGAUGCUGAUGAUGACGACAACGAUGCUGAUGAUGGGGUCGAUUGCUUUUGGUCCGCCGUGAGAGACGCAUCCACGUGUGGCCUCGCUGUGCCUGCCCGCCCCCCUCCUCCCAUCUGUCUCGCCAUCUUUCGGCAGUGGCGGGCGAGGCGUAGCAACGAAUCCGGACGUCUCUAUCUCUCUCUGUGUCCCUGUCUUCCGGCUGUCCUUCCGUCGCUGGCGGGCAGCACGAUAGCGAGCACGUCCCAGGAUGUCUGUGUCUCUUGUCGGCGCGUCCCUCUGUCCGGUGGGGAGCGGUUAGCAGCGCUGUGCCACGAAGCCGGCGGCCCGAGUUCACAAUUCCCGCUCGCGGCCAACACCGGUGACGAUUAAACCUGGCCCAGGCCUAGGCCCUCCCCUGGGGUCGACUCGGCCUCAAGUUAGUACCCGGUGCGUGAAAUCAUCGCCACUGAGGAUACGAUGUCGGUCGGGCGUGGUUGCUGGCCCACCCACCCCCCCUUCGUGUGCCGUGCCGGCCUUCGUCAGGUGCUCGCUAGCAGCACUUGCCCCUACAGCCUGCUGUUAAGGAUACACCGGGAGUGGUCUUCGUCUCUGUCCAUGUGGCCGACUCUCUCCGCACGCUGGCGGCGUGACAGCAAAGCGCACGAAUGAUCGCGGUAUCCCUCCGCCGGGUGUCUCGUACACGUCGCUCGGCUGUCUUUCAUCGCUCGGAACCGUAUCAGCGAUCCGGAAAAGACCUCCACGCGCCCUUGACGGGAUACGCAGGUGCGUGCGUGCGUGCGUGCGUGCGUGUCGAGCCAGCACUUUUGAGCCUCAAAAGUUGCACCUGGCCUGGCACAAGCGCCGCGGUGACGUCGCCGCCACUCGGUGGCGAGUGGCGGCUGUUGCUGCUGUUGGCGGUGGCGAGCCCAGCACUGAUGAUGACGACGACGACGACAUUCGUCCCCUGCUACUUCUGUAAUAUUCCCGCGCGGGUUUAAACACGUCAAAACCUUUGGCAACGCUGAGAGACCCUACCCCCCCCCCAUAUCCGCGACACCGCACGGAUUUUUCCCCAAACUUCCGAUUCGUCGUCGGGUCGAUCGUGGAAAAGAAACCAAAUCUCUCGAUUUUGUCGUCGCCGUUGUGGUGUUUGUUUUUCGUCGAAUUUUUUUUUUUUAUCCAGGCCCCCACCCCACCCCCGAGCAAUAAGCUGAUGUCGAAAGAACGUCGCAGAUCUGGGGAACCCACUGGAACCCCUCUCACCCCCCCCCCCCCCCCCUUGCUGUGCGGGUCGCGAUCGUCCGUCACGUUGCGUGCGCGUCCGUGGCGACGGGCGGUAGGGCGACGGCCGUUCCCUUCUGCUGGGUUCCGUCUUGCAGAGAGCUUUUUUUUGUUUGUUUGUUUUGUUCAAUUCGUUAUCGGCGAUUCCACGGGGCGACAAAGCCACAUUCUGUGGACUCGGGGGGGGAAACCGCCGGCGUGUGCUUGCGUCGGCUGCGGGACGCGCGGGGACCAUCCGCGGAUAAGGACGGCGACAACGGAAAAUUUGCCGGCCGCUUUGUUUCCUCCUCGUGUCAACCGACCCAGGGUGAAAGUGACGUCCGCGUUUGGGGGGAAACGUCAUCGCGCGCGAGCCCCGUUGCCACCUCUCCUGGUUGUUAGUCUUGGGGGAAAUCUUAUCCUUGCCGGAGGUUACAUUCAAACUCCCGGCCCGUGUCGGUUGUGGAGUAGCGGUAACAAUGAUGAUGAUGAUGAUGUUGACGGCGAUGAUGAUGAUGAAGACGAUGGUAAUUCUCCACUAGGCGAUGGAACGUUAUCCCUCGGCUGUUGGGUUUUGCCGCAAGGGGCGGCCACGCCGACCACGGUUGAGCUUCGUCAUGGCCCGGUGGAGGGGAUCCGCCGGUGUUGUGAACUCGGUUCUUACCGUCUCUCGGUUAUUUACUUUGGUUUUUUUUAUCUUUAACGGGGACUCAAUGGGGAGGGGGUGGGGCCGUGGUCCUCGUGGCCGAGCCAGCGCCGCUGAGUUAGCGGGGUUCGAGGCCAGGCUUCACCGCUACCACCUGCCCUAGAGCGGUGGUUCUCAACCGGGUGGUACACGCGGGGAGAGGGUGUGUGGGGGGUGCCCCCUGGGGGUUACGUUGGGCAAUGUCCCCGGCCCGGGGGGGAGGAAGGGGGUAUCAUGCACGAGAGCACGAGAGUCGUCGGUAAAAUAAUCACGCGGCGAUGAAUCUGCCAGUGUAAAAAUAACUUAACGAUACAAUUUGAAUCCAUGCGGUAACCCAGAACGAUGAGAAAAAAAGACCCUUCUCGACUCGGCGAUCGUAAGCAACGUGGUUUCCAAGAGCAAAGCGCGCAGAGCGACGGUUAAGAUUUGUUUUCAAUUCGCUUUACAGUUACUGGCAGCUAGUUUGGAUGACCUCACGAAAUGGACAAUUGGUUACAAUAUUUGAUGUUCAUUAUUCGUCCUUUUAUUUACUCAGAACCACUCAACAAAGGAGGGGGUACAGGAGCCAAACAAGAUUGAGAACCACUGACCUAGACCACUAUCACCACCAACACCACCAUCGUCACUAUCAUCACCACCAACAACACUUAAGUGGCGGUGACGUUACCACGGCGCUUGCGCCAGGCUAGGUGCACGUUUAGGCCGCGU